UGCAUUGAACCAAUGGUUAGAGACAACUAUACAGCAGUGACCAACUUCAUUCUCUUUGGAUUAACAGAUCAUCAGGAGAUGCGACCUCUGCUUUUUUCUGUCUUUUUAGUAAUCUAUAUUAUCACUCUGGCAGGAAAUCUUGGAAUGAUUGUAUUGAUCUGGAUUGAUCCCCAGCUACAUACACCAAUGUACUUUUUCCUCAGCAAUCUGUCCUUUUUAGAUGCCUGCUAUUCUACCACCAUCACACCCAAUAUGCUGGCAAACAUGUUAGUGGGAAGCAAACCCAUCUUGUAUACUGCCUGCAUUGCACAAUAUUGUUUUUUUGCCAUCUUUGCCACCACAGAGUUCUUCCUCUUGGCUGCUAUGGCAUAUGACCGAUAUGUGGCUAUCCACAACCCUUUGCUCUACACCGCUGUAAUGACCAAAAAGCUUUGCACAUCACUGGUAGCUGUUUCAUACUUUGGAGGCUUAGUGAACUCUCUCAUUCAAACAAGUGGAUUACUAAGAUUAUCCUUUUGUGGUUCUAAUGUUAUCAACCAUUUUUUCUGUGAUCUCACACCUCUGUUGAAACUAUCUUGCAAUGAUAUCUAUUUAAAUGAGAUGCUGAUAUUCACAUUUGGCAGCUUGUUUGAAAUGAGCACCCUUUUGAUCAUUAUCAUUUCUUAUGUAUUCAUUAUUGUAGCUGUGCUAAGGAUUCGUUCUUCUGAGGGGAGAUAUAAAGCUUUUUCUACUUGUGCCUCCCAUCUCACAGCUGUGGCCAUAUACCACGGGACCAUUCUCUUCAUGUACUUCAGGCCCCAUUCUAGCUAUUCACUUGACACAGACAAAAUGGCCUCUGUGUUCUACACAGUGAUAAUACCCAUGUUGAACCCACUGAUCUACAGCCUAAGAAACAAAGAUGUAAAAUAUGCUUUUAAAAAACUGACAGGGAGAAAAGUGUUUUCUAAGUGA